CUGUUGAAAACUACUGAAACCAACUAUUUUGAAGACAAAUGGUACGAAAGAAAGAUGUUCCGACUUGUAUAUAUAGAGAUCAAGACUUGGAACUUGCUAUUUUUGCUGUCACUACUAGCACUGGUGAUGGCGAGACCGCAGGAGUUUGAGGACGAAGAGCAUGACGACGGCCAUUCGAUCGACAAUCGGAGAGGUGACGUGUCCCGUGUGCAAAUAAAAGUUUACCGAGGUCCCACAAAACAUGACGGUUACGCGCCGUGGGGUUUCUGGGUCAAGCAGCCGUCUGACGACCAAUAG